AUGGCGGUCACUGUCGCUGCGAGGCGUCUGAUCGGAGCCUACAACAGAGAUUGUGAAUAUGAUAUUUUAAAGGAUUCAAUGUUCGAACUUGAAAAGGUAUUUGAUGAUUUUUGCGUUAUAAAUGAGGAAUACGAACUUAUUGUAUCUGACGAAAAAUACGCUGAACACCGUGUAGUUAAUGGUGAAGACAUUAGGACUUACAGAGACAAUGUAAAAAGGUGCUAUCAAGAAGCUAGGAGUGUAUUUGAUAGUGUAAAGACAACAAUCGAACAAAAAGCUAGACAACAAAGUACUGGGCCUGUCAAAGUUGCCCUAAAGAAUGACAUUGUAGAAUUCAUGAACUAA